AUGUCUGACGAUCUCCAAGAGUACCUAGAUCAGCUGGAAACAGUGCAAACCGAACUUCUGGAUGACCCAGAAAACGCCGACCUGGCAACCCUGAGGGAUGAGUUGCUCGAGCUAAUUCAGCUGUUACAAGAUGAUACUAAUGCAGAUGAUGAUCAAAAGGAGGAGGCCUGUGGUGACGAAAAGGAUGUGGUGGAGGGUGAGGACGGCAACGAGAAGGGAGCAAAAGAUUCUGCUACGGGUGGAAGUGCACCUGUCAAGCCCACUUUGGCUGUCCCUCCGCCCCCAGCAAGUGUUCCCAAAUCACCAGCUCCUCCUAAACCAGUGUGCGCUCCAAAGCCGCCUCCAAGAAGCGCAUCCAGUGCAUCGCCGACUCCCCCUCCCUCAGCUCCACCAGCUGAGUCACGUGCAAGCGACCGACCUGCUCUGCAGUCUCAGAACGCUCUGGCUCCCAAGAAGAAAAAGAGCAAGUGGGAGAAGCAGGAGGAGGCACUAGAUGCCACGAAGAACAAGUGGCAAAAGUUCAGCCAAAAGGCCAAUGCGGGACGGGCCAGUAUGUUUCAGAGUCCGUCUGACGCAUCCGGUAGAGGUGAGUAUUACAUUUGA